CAGCCAGGAAGCAGCGACGCUGAACGUCUACUUUUAGGGGUGGCAGACAUGGACGAGUCGACGACUCCGGUGCGACCACAACAUCGAUUCAAUGUGGACAGACUUCAAAAGUAUCUGUCUGCCAAGUCGUGUGUGUCUAACACCGACACUCUGUCGGUCAGGCAGUUCGUUGCCGGACAGUCCAAUCCUACUUUCCUCAUCCAGACACCUUCCAGGAGUUAUGUGCUCAGAAAGAAGCCUCCUGGUGCGCUGCUCCCGGGAGCUCACAAGGUGGAUCGUGAAUAUCGGGUCCAAAAGGCCUUGUAUUCCGCUGGUUUCCCUGUGCCUAAGCCCUUUCUGCACUGCACUGAUGAUGAUGUCAUUGGAACAGAGUUCUACCUGAUGGAGCAUGUCGCGGGCCGCAUAUUCCGGGACCUCCGUCUGCCUGGAGUGAGCCCAGCAGAGAGAGCAGCUCUGUACGUGGCUGCAGUGGAGACCCUGGCCAAGCUGCAUUCACUGGACCUGGGAGCAUUGAAGCUCGACGCCUAUGGCAAAGGAGCAGGCUACUGUCGGAGACAGGUGUCCACUUGGACCAAGCAGUACACCGCGUCCGCUCACAGAGACAUCCCGGCCAUGAAUGAGCUGUCCAAUUGGUUAGUUAGCAAUUUGCCAGCCGACGACGAAGAGGUUUCACUCGUCCAUGGAGAUUUCAGAGUGGACAAUUUGAUAUUCCAUCCCACUGAGGCUCGCGUGCUGGCAGUGUUGGACUGGGAGCUGUCCACCACUGGGCAACCUCUCGUAGACCUGGCCUACUUCCUCAUGCCUCACUACUGGUCCCCAAACCUCACCAAACUGAGCACUAUGGGCAGCCUAAACGGAAUACAAGGUAUUCCCACAGUGGACAACCUGAUCUCCGUAUAUAGGCGCUGCCGGGGGAUCCCAUCUGCUUUGCCACCGUUGAAUUUUUAUCUGGGUCUAUCUUUCUUCAAGAUGGCAGGAAUAGCUCAGGGAGUCUAUGCACGCCACCUACUGGGCAAUGCCAGCGCCGCCAAUGCGGCCGAGUUUGGCCAUUGUGUGGAGCCCCUGGCCGUGUCGGCCCUGCAGCUCAUACAGAGACCUCUGGCUGCUCCACAGGAAGCCAGGCUGUUUUUGCAGACAACCAAAGGCCAGGCGGUGCUACAGCAGGUGAAGGGCUUCAUGAAGCAAUUUGUGCUUCCUGCUCAGAAGGAAGUUGCAGACUACUACAUCCAACAUGCUCACUCCCCUUUAAGGUGGAACACCCCCCAAAUAAUAGAAGACUUAAAGGUGAAAGCCAGGGAGAUGGGGCUGUGGAACCUUUUCCUGCCGGCCGCCAGCGGACUCACUCAGCUGGACUACGCCUUCAUCGCAGAGGAGACUGGACGCUGCCUCUUUGCCCCGGAAGUUUUUAACUGCCAGGCGCCUGACACAGGAAACAUGGAAGUUCUCCACAUGUUUGGCACGGACGAGCAAAAAAAGAAGUGGUUGGAACCCCUGAUGAGAGGAGAGAUGCGCUCGUGUUUCUGUAUGACAGAGCCUGAUGUGGCCUCGAGUGAUGCAACCAACAUGGAGUGCAGUCUUUACAAGGAGGAAGACAGCUAUGUCAUCAACGGAAAAAAGUGGUGGAGCAGCGGUGCAGGACAUGCGCGAUGCAAAGUGGCCAUUGUCAUGUGCACUACCACCACAACCAGCACCGUCACCAGACAUGGCCAACACAGUAUGAUCCUGGUGCCUUUGGACACUGCUGGUGUCAAGCUGGUCAGGCCACUCACUGUCUUUGGACAGGACGAUGCCAUCCAUGGCGGACACUUUGAGGUUCACUUUGAAAACGUGCGAGUCCCCGCCUCAAACAUCAUUCUGGGCGAGGGCCGAGGUUUUGAGAUAGCUCAAGCUCGUCUGGGAGCGGGUCGGCUGCAUCACUGCAUGAGAGCUGUGGGUAUGGCCGAGCUGGCGCUGGAGCUGCUGUGCCAGCGCGCCGCCUCCAGGAGAACCUUUGGCAAGAAACUGUACCAACAUGAGGUGGUGGCUCACUGGAUAGCGGAGUGCCGCCUCAUGAUCGAGCAGAGCCGCCUGCUGACGCUUAGUGCUGCACACGCUCUGGACACGCUGGGAGGACGUGCCACUCGCAAACAGAUAGCGAUGGUAAAGGUGGCAGCAGCCAGGAUGGCGUGCAAAGUGCUGGACUGUGCGAUACAAGUGCACGGAGGCGCGGGUGUGUCUGAAGACUUCCCCCUGGCUCACAUGUACGCCUAUGCUAGGACUUUACGCAUCGCUGAUGGACCGGAUGAGGUGCACCUGUCCACCGUCGCUGGUCUGGAACUGAGGGAUCAACUGGCCAAAGCGAAACUGUGACAUUAUCACGGACACGAGCAACACAUUUUAUGUAUUCCUACCUUCUGGUCUUCUGUCUUGAUCCACUUGCUCCUGAUUGCUUUAGGCAGGCUUCUUGGUCUUCUUCCCAGACACCAUCUCAUCUUGGGAGAGGCUUGAAUGCAGGCUGCUCUUUAAGAACCACAACAGGAAAAAUAAACAAGUAAUUUACUUUAGAUUAAAAAAAAUGUUUUUAAAUACUCAAUGUAUUGUGACUGAAAACGAAUUGCCUUUAUUCUCACCUUAAUUUGUAUCAGACUUAGGGUUGCAAAAUUCCGGGAAUAUUCAAAGUUGGAAACUUUCCAUGGGAAUUAACAGGAAUUAAUGGGAAUAAAUAUUGAAUGCAA